UCGCCUCUCUCCGCUCCGCGCUGGGCGGGCGCCGCGCAGUCCCGCCUCCGCCGCCGCGCUGUGGUUCGGGCUCCGUCGCGUCGGGAUGAGCCGCGUUUCCCCAUGGAGACCAAACGGGCCGAGAUCCCCAGCAGCGUCUUGGACGACCUGUGCAGCCGAUUUAUUUUGCACAUUCCAAGUGAAGAGAGAGACAAUGCAAUCAGAGUAUGUUUUCAGAUUGAACUCGCCCAUUGGUUUUACUUGGAUUUCUACAUGCAAAACACACCAGGAUUACCUCAGUGUGGGAUAAGAGACUUUGCUAAAGCUGUCUUCAAUCACUGCCCUUUUUUACUGCCUCAAGGUGAAGAUGUACAAAAGGUUUUAGAUGAGUGGAAGGAAUAUAAAAUGGGAGUGCCAACCUAUGGUGCAAUUAUUCUUGAUGAAACACUUGAAAAUGUUCUUUUGGUCCAGGGCUAUUUAGCAAAGUCUGGUUGGGGAUUUCCAAAAGGGAAGGUAAAUAAAGAAGAGGCUCCUCAUGACUGUGCUGCUAGAGAGGUGUUUGAAGAAACAGGGUUUGACAUAAAAGAUUAUAUCUGCAAAGAGGAAUACAUUGAGCUGAGAAUUAAUGAUCAGUUAGCACGGCUGUACAUCAUUCCAGGAGUUCCAAAGAACACAAAAUUCAACCCCAAAACUAGAAGGGAAAUUCGGAAUAUUGAAUGGUUUUCCAUCGACAAAUUACCGUGCCACAGGAAUGACAUGACCCCAAAGUCCAAGCUAGGUUUGGCACCUAACAAAUUUUUUAUGGCCAUUCCCUUUAUCAGGCCAUUGAGGGAAUGGCUUUCUCAAAGGAAUGGAGAUUCCUCGGAUAGCGACAAUGGAUUUUCAUCGACUGGGAGCACACCCUCUAAACUCAACAUGGAAAAAGCAAGAUCCAAACUUCGCUGUAGUCAGCAGGUGUUUACAGAUGGCUUUUCAGGAGAGCAGUGGGUAAAGCCAAAACAGCCGCAGAAGCCAUAUAAUCAUCCCGAGAUGUCUGAAGUUUUAAAAAUAAAGAACUUGAGGGGCAAUGGCAGAAAGCAAUAUCAAGACACUCCCAGCCAAAAGAAGCGAACAAAUGGAGUCCACAGUCAACCAGCUAAGCAAAACCAUGCCUUGAAAUGUGAAAAAAGGCUUAAUCCAAGAAGACUUCAAGAUAACUUUGAAACAGCAGAUGCAGCAUAUGAGAUAUGUUGCUCCAGUGAAGAUCCGCUGCUAGAACAUGGAGAGGGACACUCUGUGGCAUGCAAUGGCCAUUACAAGUUUGUGUUCUCGUCAAGAGCUUUCUUGAGCUUCAAGUUUGACCAUGAUGCCAUAAUGAAAAGUUUUGACCUCUGACAGCAGACCUUUUAAGAACAAAAAUCAGACUUGCCUGUUGCAAUUGAGUGGGUUUCUAAUCCAGCCUUACUCUUUCUCAGGAGUUUUUUUGGGGGGUGGGGAAGGGGAGGAGGAAUGAUUUUUGUGUGUGUGUGUGUGCGCGUCUUUUUUUUUCUUUUUUUUCUUUUUUUAAUGCAAUGCAGGGACUGACUGAUGCUUUGGAAGGGUCUGUUCUCUUUGCAGUAUGGGAGUGGCAUAGUGAAGUGUUGCACUUUAAAUGCAGUAUCGCAUUUGUCCACAAAAGUACCUUUCCAGUGUUCAGUUCACUAGUUCCUAGCUGUGCAUUAGAGGGCAUUCUUUUUUCUUUUUUUUUUUUUAAUUUGCUCUGUGUUUUUUAGAUUGUGAUUUUCCUUUUUUAAAUUGUUGGCAGUAUACCAGCUUGCUAAACUUUUAACUGGUCUAUUGUAAAGUUGUUGGAAUUGUUAAGUCUUCAUUUUCUAGUACAUUGCAAUAUUAUGGCAGUGGCAAUGAAACUGAUUCUCAGAGGACUCCCAUGUCUGUCCUGGUAGUUUUGAAACCUUGAGUUGCACAUUUCAAACCAAGCCUCAACCUUUCAUUCUUUUUCUCUUCUGUUUUUUUGCUCCAAAGUAUCUUCCCUCCUUCUCACUGAAAGUUACUUUUCAUUGGCCAGCAAUCGGUAACCCUUGGAGUCAAAUCUAUAGCAUUUUGCCUUCUUGUCCCUACUCUGCUUCCCUCUUCAGUGAGGAUGCACAAACUGGGUAAACUUGGCCUUUUGAAAUGUCUAGCCUCAGUUCUAAGAACUGUCCCCAACUGGGGAGAAGUUACGAAGUUUUGUGUUACCCAAUUGCAGCUGCUUUCAAAAAAGAAAAGUUUAAACUUUUUUUUUUUUGUGGGAGGUUACUUGUGUAGCAUUUGUAUUGAAUGUAAAUAAGCCUCUGUGGAUCUUGCUGAGAGGAAGAAGGCAGGUGCAUGGACAAUAGAAACAUUGUGUGACACUAAAUGGCUUUUAAUCAGGCUUGCAAUAACUAUUCUAAGAGUGCCGAUUAUUGUAUUCUAUGCUGUUGUCCUUAGAUUUCUGGUGUAGCAUAUGUUCUGUAUAUAUCCAAUAGUAUUGAAUUGCACUUGCAGCUAGCAUUUGAAUGAUGCAGCCUCAGUCAUUUUCAGCUACAACACUUUCUUAAUAACAGUAUCAAAGAUGGGGGGGGAAAGGUGGUAGUAGUUGAGGUGACAAACAAGUAUUAAAUCCGUUCUUCAUGAUUCAAAUUAACGGGUUUUGAAUACGUCCUUUGCAAUUGGGAAAAAUGUACCAUCCUCGUUUGUCACAGCAGCUUGUAAGAAGUGUGUUGUCCCAGAUCUUAAAAUGGACUUUUCUAUAAAAUAAGGGUGAGUGAGCGAAUGAUAAUUUGACAGAUUGAAUGAACUGGGCCCUCUUCACGCAGAGUGUAUGUUCAUGCACUGAGUCUUUACACAGCUCAUGUGGUAUCCAAAAAAAAAAACCACCUCGCAAUCUUGGUCUUCCUUCAACUACCCUACAUCAUCUGUUACCUACUGUUUUUUCUCUCAAAAAUGGCUUUAGAACUAUCAUCUUCUGGUUUAUUUAUCUGCUUGGCACCAGGUGAUUUGGGACUUUAAAUGCUGUAGCACUCUUGGCUGUGGGAAACCUGAACUUCUGUAUCAGUUUACAGGAGAAACUGACUGCAGCUUUUCCUCUCCGUGGAGAGCAAGAGUCCUGAGGGCUUUGUUGUUCAAGACCAAGUUGUGAAAUAGCUCAUUCUAGCUUUGUUUUACCUUGUAAAAAGAAUAGUAUCCAAAAGCUGUUCAAAACAGUAAAUAGGUAAGUACAGCACCUGAGGGGGUGGGAUAAUGCUGGAGGAUGUUAUGUUACUCGGCUUCAGGUGAAAACUAACCUUUAGUUUCUUUAGUGCAAGUAGUUGAUUUCCCAGCAAAAGUGCCUUUACUCAUGGCAAGGCGGAAGUUUGUAUUCAUAUCUCUAGGCCGCUGCUGCCUGUGGAGUUAAUGAGCCUCUCCUAAGGCAUGAUUAAAUAUCAAACUGUGGAAAUCUUUAAUAAGUAAGUUAGUUGACUUUUUAGAUGAAUUACUGUUAUCUCAUGCUCUGUGAAAUAAGGGGACAGUUGGUCAAACUCUGUAAACUUUGAACUUGUAACUUCAGCUGAACUAUUGAGAUACUAAAUCAUGUCACAGACAGAGGACGUCUCUAAAAUGAAGCUCGUGUGUCCUAUGAAUAGGAGAUGGUGGCUCUCCUCUAUAUUCACUGGGUCUUUUUUGUCUUCUUAAUGAAGGUUUGGUUCAGUAUUAAAAAAAACAAAAAACAAAAAAAAACCCUGGUUGCUUCAUUAAGAAGCCCAAAGUGGGGCUUAUAGGUAUGUCAUGGUUUUAGUAAAUCCAGCCUUAACGUGAAUUGCAAAUAAAUGUGAUUAAAUAUGCAAUAACUUUUACUACUUUGUGUAAGGGUACAGUUUUUUUGCGUUAGCAUUGCUUUCUGCUGUCUCUAAGGUUUCCAAAGCAAUGUAAGUGCGGCGGUGUCAUGUGAUGGACCUUAGGCUCCAUGGUGUGCUGCACUGUGAACAUUUUGGAUUGUUUAUUCUUACUAGUUUAUGUUCUUAUUUCACCAUCAUUUUAUAAUUAAGUGUAUUUCCAAGUUUAGGAGUACAGUUUACAUGAGUUUUUGCAAAACAGUGAAAAAAUAACAAGUGGGUAAUGGAAUUUAAUUUGGCUUUUUUUUUUUUAAUUUCAUAGGUGUGGGGGAUAGAUACAGAGAAACAAGAGUUACUGUUUGCAUGUUAGACUUGAGAGCUGAUCUCAAGAUACUUGAAACAUAAACAUCACUCUGUUUAUGCUUGGAGCUAAAACAAGUCAGAAAUCUUGCCUGUGAGGGGGUUAUUCAAAUUGUGAAUGGUCAUCUCUCAGUCUCCUUGAAAUUAAAGAAUUAAUAAAAUGACCAAACAUUUAACCAAAAAAAAAAAAAAAAAACCACAAUAAAUGUGUGGUUCCUGAGAGUCUAGACUAUUAGUUUGCAGUUUCUAGUACCACCUAACCUCCCUGUCUUAGUGCGAGAUUUCUAGCAUCUCUUUUCUAGAAUGCUUUGAACUUUGGCGAGUGUUAUGCAUUUUCUGUGCUGAAAUACUAACUUCAACUCCUAGAUGUGCGUGCGUGCUUUUGAACGCAGCUGUGUCUUGUACAGUCUGAAGUCUGGAAAAAAGUGGCACUGGGAAGAAGCAGGGAAAUAGCUUUAUUUAUUGCACAAUCAAAGUAUUUUUUUAACAUAAUGUAAAUUUUUUAGACCAAACUUACAUAAAUAGUUUUUAUUAAAAUUUUGGGCCUCAUCACUGUUCCAGGCUUCUUUGCUGUGCUCCAAAGUUCCUGUGAUUUAUUUUGCAGAGUUGAGAACAAUAUGUUUGCUGUGUUCUUGCUUUACCUGCUUGUGGCUGUUAGAUAGGUAAUAGUUCCUUUUAAAAACAAAGCAGGCUUUGCAGCCUGGCUGCUUCUAAUAGACUUGCAUUCAGAUUGUGAUUUCAUGGAGGAAACUAUUUUUCCAACUCUUACACUUAGCACAUAAGCUCUUUCUUGGUGAUUUGUAGUAUAGAGCAGCACUCAUAUCGCUCUGGUGUGAAGAGCAAGAGUCCACAUUAAGAAUCCCAGCUCUAAUAUCCUGUGGUGCAGAAUGGUACUGCUGCUCUGUGGGUGACUGGCUUUCCAGUUGUUGGGUCAGUGGGCUUUUUAAUUUUCAGCUACCUGUUUUUUUAAUAAAUUCUGAACAACAGGUUUUUUUUUGUUGUCCCCCCCCCCCCCCCCCCCCGAGGUUAAAAUCAGGUGCCUUCAUCUUGUAAAUUAUGAGGUUACUCUGCACACAUUUUAGGAAGCUCAAAACUAUUGAGAACUGGUAGAAUAGCCUCUCAUUGGUUUAAAAGCAGUUUCUCAAAGAAAUUAAGACUUGCACUGUAAAUAUUAAGGAAUCUGGUGCUUAUACAUGACUUCAUACUAACUUAAGAUUGCUUUUGUUAUUACAGUAUUUCAGCUUUUGAAACAACCAAAAUUAUUUAAGAUGUGGUAAGUUUCUACAGACUAACUGAAGGUGCUUUUACAGUAAAUUAGGCUUGGAAAUGUCACUACGCUUGCAUAAUAGGUUUUUGUUCUUAUGCAUUUAUAGCAAUAGUCUAGUUCAAGAAUGAAAGUAGUAGGCUAACUGCUAGUAUUUGCACUGUUCCUAAUACUGUACAUACUGCACUGAUAGGAGAUGCAGUAGAAUUUAUGAUGUGUGUGCAUUUUUCACUAUUUCAAGUAGGUUGUGAACUUAAAGCAAGACAAUAUAUGUAGCAAUUACAUUGGCCAGAUUCAGGAUCAUACCAAGAGGAAGAAUCUGGAUUAGUAGGAGUACUUUAAAAUUAACCUAACAUUUCCAAUGAAAAGACAAGUUAAAACCCAAGCAUUUAAAGCAGACUAUUGUAUAGAUUUGACUUUAUAGAAACACCUAUACUCAUGCUUAGAGUUCUCACCUGUGGCAAGAUGUCACUUCUGGGAAGGAAGUGUAAAUGACUGCAAUUCAUUCUGCAAUACUAGCACAAUAAAAGGAAGCAUGCUGACCUACAAUUACUUAAAAGUAAUUGUCAGAAAGCUUCACAGGGUACAGAAUAUUUAAAUUUGAAUAGGUCCACCAUGAACUUUAUAUUUGUUCAAAAGAUAAGUAUUUUGUCACUAUUAAACACUUUAAUUAUUGACCAGAACUAAUUUUCAUUUUGUUUCCAUUAUGGGUUCAGUAUGCUUAAGAAAAUAGUUAUAGCUCAUGAAGCAUUAAUUGUUUUAAAAACAAGCAUUUAUACCUUUUAAAGACACAGAUCCUACAACCUCAGUUCCCUACAACACAUGUUCCACUAUGAGAAAAAUUUACUUUGAAUACAAAUGUUUUAAGCAUAUUUAAGUAAAAUUAGUAAACAAGGAAGAUGAUCCAUUUAUUCCUACUAGUUGGGUACAUAUUUAUGUUAUGCAGGAAAGUAUGUAAAAUUGCAUGAUUAAAAGCUCUUAGCAAAUAUUUCUCAAGUCUGUACUUGGAGCGUGAUCCUUAAGUGAGCUGGUGUGGCUGCGCAGCACUGCAGUAUUUGGCAGCACUACUGCAGACUUGCGGAUCAGUGUAGCUGGGUUAGUGCAGCAUGGUAACAUUAAAAAAACAAAACAGACCUAGCAGAGAGAGGUGGAUUUUUGUUUAUUGAUUUUGGUGUAAUGCUAUAUUGCUGUAUAUGUGGUAGGAUCCAGACUGGCUCAGGUACUGCUGUCCAAAGAUGACACUUCCUGUGCAGCUCUGCAUGCCUUGCAGAAAAAUAGGGAGCUGGGGCUUUAUUAUAAGCCUCAUGCAUGAAGGGUGACCUGUCUUCCUCUUGAUUGUUUAAAGCUCAAUAACUUAAUCCAUUUUCCUCACUGGUACAUAUCUGGUGUGUGUCAGUACUAGCUUAGUAGAAAGUACUUACUUACAGCUAAUUGUGAGUUAAACCCCAUGUAAAGUUGCAGAUUUUAUUCAACUUCCAUUAUGUUAUCUUGAAGAGUAGUUUGCAUUGGUCAGCUCUUCAAUUUUAGUAGGUAAAAAUCUGUGACUUCCUGUAACAUCUUGUUGUACUAAUGGCUGUGGUUUUAAUUGUUAUUCACUGAUUCAGAAACUGAAGCACAUCAUUUAAGAGGCUAUGACUAAACUGACAUUUUCUUUUCUACUGUGAUUUCUCUGUAAAUGACUUAACUUACUGUAGUAAUGAAAUAUGAAUAUGAACACAUUACUGUUUGCAGUGUGAAAUGUAAAGCCUGUGCUGCCAGUACAGUGUAUUCUUUCAUGACAGAAUGUUUAAACUAAUAUUGCCUUAAGCCAAUUAGCAGUGCUGAUUUAUAUGUAUGUGCCAGUAAAAGAAGUAUUUUUUAAAGUCAAUUAUGAAGGUGGACAGGGGCCCAUCAAACAAUGGGAAGCAAAAUUUAUUUUAAAAGGUGUCUGGUGUGUUGAAGAAAGGAAGUAUGUCAAGCUUAAUCAGUGCUUUUAAAGUAUUUAUGAAAUGACAGAGCUCUUGGUCCAUAUAACUUGUCAUUAAAAGAACUGGAUGUGUGGAAAGUUUCA